AUGUCUCUGUUUGGCUUGCAGAGGAUUCUGACAUACGGCAGAAGAGCAACCUUCUCGGCGGCGGGCUACGCAGCUGCAAGACCGGCGUAUCCGGCCAGUCUCUUCAAGGCGAUUUUAGCACAUCAUCAGGGCCAACGACGCACCGAUACCGGCUUGCUCUUGGACCUCGGUUGCGGCCACGGGCUGAUUGCGAGAGAGAUGAGCGCCCAUUUCGGCCAGGUCGUCGGACUCGACCCCAGCGCCGGCAUGAUCGAGCAAGCAUCUUCGACGACGCACGAGGCCAACGUCACGUUUCGUCAAGGCGGCAGCGAGGACCUCUCGUUCCUGCCUGACAAGGCCGUCGACAUGGUCGUCUCGGGCCAGGCUGCCCACUGGUUCGAUUACGCCAAGGCCUGGCCGGAGCUCGCUCGGGUGGUCAAGCCCGGCGGGUCGCUCGCCUUCUGGGGCUACAAGGACAACAUCCUCGUCGGCCACGCUCGCGCCAACAGGAUAUUCGACCAGUUCUGCUACGGCGAUGGCGACGUCGCCGCUGGCGUCGAAAGCCUGAAUCGCUACUGGGAGCAGCCGGGGCGCGACAAGGUCCGCAACCUGCUGCGGGAUGUGGAGCCGCCGGCGAAGGAGUGGCAGGAGGUGAAGCGUAUCCUGUACGACGUCGGCGCCGACACGACAGAGAUUCCCGACGGCGAGAGGGCGUGGAUGCGGAUGCGGCUCAACCUGGGUGCCUUGGAGGCGUACGUGCGCACCUUUAGCGCCUUCCAGGGCUGGCGGGACGCGCAUCCCGAGGCGAGAAGCCGGGACGAGGGUGGCGAGGGAGACAUUGCCGACAUGCUCAUGGAUCGCAUCGUCGAGUCGGAGCCGGAAUGGAAGGCCAUGGGGGCGCGGUGGAGGGAGGCCGAAGCCGAGACGGUCUGGGGCACCUACAUUCUCUUGGCGAGAAGGAGCGAGGAGAGGUGA